AUGAAUAUCUUCAACGAGAACAACCUACUCGACCCGUCCUCCCUUGAUUCUGUCGACUACGACCCGGUAGACCAUCUCAACGCCCUUUUCUCCCGGCCUUCAGCCGCCGUCUCCUCGAUCGACCGCGUCUCUACCACUCUGCGGUCUCACAAGGAUGACCUGUCCUCCUCCAUCGGCGCCCUCGAGGCCUCCCAGGCCUGGGGCCCCGACUCGAGCCUCGAGCGCAUGCAGUCCGCCCAGGCCGAGCUCGCCAGCCUGUUCCAGCGGAUAGAAGGCGUGCGCAGCCGCGCACUACAAACCGAACGUGACAUAACCACAAUGACCGCCGAGAUCAAGCGUAUUGACGGCACCAAGCGCAACCUGACCCUCAGCAUGACUGCCCUGAAGCGCCUGCAGAUGCUGACUACCGCCUACGAUCAGCUGCGCGGUCUGGCAAGGACCAGGCAGUACCGCGAGUGUGCCGGCCUCCUUCUGGCCGUCCUCCAGCUCAUGAAGCACUUCAACAGCUACCGGAGCAUCGAGCAGAUCGCCGUGCUAAGCAGGAACGUCGCAGACCUGCAGAGGGAGCUGCUGGAGCAGGUGUGCGAGGAUUUCGAGAUUGCCUUUGCCAAGGCAGAGAUCCCCCAGCGGAAGGGCACGCUCAUCGAGGCCUGUAUGGUCAUGGAUGCUCUGGGCGAGAACGCAAAGAGCAGGCUGAUCACAUGGUACGUCAACACGGAGUUGAGAGAGUAUCGCCAGGUGUUCCGCGGCAACGACGAGGCGGGCAAUCUGGACAAUAUCGGCCGGCGGUAUGCUUGGUUCAAGCGGAUGCUCAAGACACACGAAGACGAGCAUGCGGCCAUAUUCCCGCCACACUGGAGAGUCAACGAAAUGUUGGCCAUGUCGUUUUGCGAUGGCACCAGGGAGGACUUCAAGGGCAUCUUGGAGAAGAGCAUGCGACGGGCCGACGGUCAAAAAAUAGACGUCAACCUGUUGUUGAGCUGUCUGCAGGAAACCAUGGAUUUUGAACAAGGCCUCGAGAAGCGCUUCUCAAACGAGCUGCCCCGUGCAAGUAUCGACACACUGAGCUCGUCAGACGACCGAACGAAUAACUUCAACGGCUCCAUAUCCGUGGCCUUUGAGCCAUAUCUGAGCUUGUGGGUGGAGUCGCAGGACAAGGCCCUGGCGACCAUGGUACCCAAGUACAAGAAUGGCCCUCUGAUAGACGAAGACGAGGAAUUCUCCCCCAACGCCGUCAUACCAUCGGCCAUUGAGCUCUUCCAUUUCUACAAGAUCACCUUGUCGCAGUGUGCGAAACUGUCUACCGGUGAAAGGCUGUUCGAUCUAACUAAGACCCUCGCCAAGUACCUCGAGGAGUAUGCACAGCAGGUGCUGCUCGGAUUCCUGCAACGGGGCGGGCCCCAAGGCCCACCUGUUCAGGACACCGUGCUGGUUCUCAAUACUGCAGACUUCUGGCACCAGAACACCGUACAGCUUGAAGACAACAUCAAGAAGCGGGUCGACCCUGAGUUCACGGCCAAGAUCGACCUGUCCUCGCAAGCGGACACCUUCCUCGGCGUCGUCAGUGCCGCUAUCCAAGCCUUGGUCCACAAGGUAGAGGCUAGUUGUGAGGGGGCGUGGAGGGAGAUGAAGAACACCAACUGGAGAGAGAUGGAAAGCGUCGGCGACCAUAGCUCGUACGUUGGGGAGCUGCUUCAGCAUGUGAACGCCAAGACCGAAGAGAUUCUGUCCAUUGUCGCCAAACAACAAUAUGCGAGGGCGUUUUGUGACAAUCUCGUCGAGCGCCUGGCAACGGCGUAUAUCAACAACAUUGUGCUUUGCCGCCCCAUCUCUGAAGGCGGCGCUGAACAGAUGCUUCUCGACAAGUAUACGCUUGCGAAAAACUUCGAGAAGCUCCUGGGCUACCACAAUGCAUCGUCAUCCCGUGACUCGUACCAGCCUCCAGCCACAUACAUCAAGCGUGUCAACCAAGUUAUGACACGUAUAGACCCUUUGCUCAAGACUCUCCAAGUACGGCCCUCGCCGCCUGAGGGCCUCGUUCAGGCCUAUCUCAUCCACAUUGGUGAUCGAUCAGAUACCAAUUUCAAGAAAAUCCUUGAGCUCAAGGGUGUCCGCAAGCAGGACCAGGCUCACCUUUUGGAACUGUUUUCUCUUCACCGUGACGUCGCGAGAACAGACAAGCAGCUGGUAGAAAGCUCGCCUCUUGUGGGGCCCUUGCUGAAUGCCUCCGGACUUGGCAGCACUGGUCUCGGGAGCAUCGGAAACUCCGCCCUGAGCGGUGCCGCAGGCCCUGGCGGCCGCUUCGACGCAGCUUCGUUGGGUGAGAAGCUGCUCAGCGCUGCGCGGGACGCAUCCGACCGAAUCGGGACACCUACCGCCGCUGGAGCCCCUGGUGAGAAGGCAACCAUCAAUGAGAAUCUGAAGAAUAUUGGGAAGUUCUUCAGGAGGGACAUUGGUGUGCGGUUUGGGAAGAGAGACGUCACCCCUACGGGUGGCCACGAUGAGUUGCAGAGAGACGCGGGAGACGCCAGGGUUGUGCCGAUCCACUCCCUCAAACCCACUACUGUCGGCUCAGAUUAA